CGCUGUCAUUAUUGCUAUCCAGUCUGCUCUGCGCUCGCGAUGGCCAGAUUCAUUCCGCGUGAGGCAGGAAGGCAGCAGCGCUGUCCCGCUCCCGCUCCGGUUCCCGCUCCUGCUCCCUCACGCGCUCCGGUUCCGGUUCCGUGCAGCCUGCUCGCGCCUGGCCCCGGGGCAGCACCGAGCCCACAGCCGCUUCUCUUCCUCCUCCUCCUCCCUUACCAGCACCAGGUUCUUCCCGAACCCAUGAACGGCUCCGAGUCCAUCUCCAUCCACCCGGAGAGCGGCACCAUGAAAGACCAAGACGCGAUCAAACUGUUUAUCGGGCAAAUCCCGCGCAACCUGGAGGAGAAAGACCUGAAGCCACUGUUCGAACAGUUUGGGAAAAUCCACGAACUGACAGUGUUAAAGGACCGAUACACCGGCAUGCACAAAGGUUGCGCGUUUCUCACCUACUGUGCCCGCGAGUCAGCCAUCAAAGCCCAGAAUGCCCUCCAUGAACAGAAGACGCUGCCAGGGAUGACUCGCCCCAUCCAGGUGAAGCCGGCUGAUAGUGAGAGUCGUGGAGAAGACAGGAAGCUGUUUGUGGGGAUGCUGAACAAACAACAGACGGAGGAGGAUGUCUAUCGCCUGUUUGAGCCCUAUGGAGUCAUCGAGGAGUGCACUGUGCUAAGAGGUCCUGAUGGGAACAGUAAAGGCUGUGCCUUUGUUAAGUUCUCCACACAUGCUGAAGCUCAGUCUGCAAUCAGUGCGCUGCACGGCAGUCAGACCAUGCCGGGUGCAUCAUCCAGUCUGGUGGUCAAGUUUGCUGACACAGAUAAGGAGCGCACCAUCCGGCGCAUGCAGCAGAUGGUGGGCCAAUUCGGCAUCUUUAACCCAGCCAUCGCGCUGCCCUUCAGCACCUACAGCAGUUACGCACAUGCACUGAUGCAGCAGCAGGCGGCCCUCAUGGCCGCGAGUCACGGUGGUUACCUGACGCCCAGCGUGGCCUUUCCAGCUACCCAGAUCCACCAGAUGGGGGCACUGAACAUCAACAGCCUCCCUCCCACCCCCAUGACCCCGGUGUCGGGUGAGUUUCAUCAGUCUCUGGGGCUUAGCUCACCACCUGCAAACAUCACAUCCUCAGCCGUGCCCAGCAUCGUCACUCCAAUUGUCAACGGCUUCACUGGCAUCCCUCACCAGCCCAACGGCCAUCCAGCAGUGGAAGCUGUGUAUGCCAAUGGCCUGCCCCCUUACUCCACCCAAAGCCCCACUGCUGCAGACACACUGCAGCAGGCCUUCACUGGGGUGCAACAGUACACAGCGAUCUAUCCGGCGACCACACUGACCCCUAUUGGCCAAAGCUUGCCACCACCACCGCAGGUCAUUCAGCAGCAGCAGCAGAGGGAAGGCCCUGAAGGCUGCAACCUUUUCAUCUACCACCUGCCACAGGAGUUUGGUGAUAAUGAACUUAUGCAGAUGUUUUUGCCCUUUGGGACGGUCAUCUCCUCUAAGGUGUUUAUGGACAGAGCUACCAACCAGAGCAAGUGCUUCGGCUUUGUAAGUUUUGACAACCCAGCAAGCGCACAGGCUGCCAUCCAGGCCAUGAACGGCUUUCAGAUCGGCAUGAAGAGGUUGAAAGUGCAGUUAAAACGGCCGAAGGAUGCCAGCCGUCCCUACUGACACAGCCCCAAGACACAUGGAGCUUUCUGCUACAGCACAGGUUUUGAAAAGUGAAAUCUUAAAAGGAGCUCGAUUUUUUUUCCUUUAAAAAUAAAUAAAACAAGAUUUUAAAAAAAAGAAGAUGAAAGAGAUUUUUUUCGAAGACAUAUCAGCAUUUCUUUAUGAAGACGUUCAUCUGAGCGAAGAGAUGCCGGAGAAGUGGCACACUACAGACAAACUACAAGCAGCAAAGAGUGAGAAAGUCAAAGCAGGAUCAUGGUGGGAAAUCCCAGAAGACAAGAACUUUUAAGCUACAGAACUUCUCUUGCUAAGACUGAGUCGACAAAUACGCAGCAAACAAAAAAGAGCAGCAAGAACAACAUAGAUUUCUAUAUACAUAUUAUAUAUACGUGCUAUAUUAUGGAAGAGGCGCUUCCAGCUUUUAAUGAUACUGGACAAAUGAGGGUUAUAACUUGAAAAUCAAGGAAAAAAAAGGCAGUGGAGAAAAAAAAGCUCUUUUAAGCCACUGGCAGACCUUCUUUCUCUUUCUCUGUUUCCUUUUAACUGUCUUCAUGUCUCUGAGCAAGUGGAGAACUUUUGGCCUUUUGUGGUCACGGAGGUUUCCAGAGGUACAGCGCAACUGAAAAAUCUUUCACUCCAAGGGACCAAAGGACCAAAAACCUUUUUAUUGUUCGACAGUAAUAUAUAGUAUUAAUGAUGAUACUAAUACUACAAACUACUACUAAUGAUGUUACAUGUUUGAAAAAAAAGAAAAAAAAACAACUUAAGAGGAAAUACUUGCUUCAGGUUGGAGGAGGAAAGAGAUUUUCAUUUCUUUUCCUUUUACAUUUAUAAUUACUGGGUUUCAGAAUAUUUAAACAAAAUAGAAAAAAGAAGAAGAAAACCGUAUUUUAAAAUCUAUACUAUUUUAGAGGAGUAGAAUAUGUGGAUGAAUGAUCGUUAAGGGCAUGAUUAGUUAUUUUUCAUCAAACUAGAUUUCAGCUCUUUAUCUGGGACGCAUGGUACUGAACCCACUGCCUUUCAGCUCUGUGUCUGACCUUUAACAAUUAAAAAACAUUCAUUUAGUCAUUCAAUUUAAGCACACAUGCCAGAGAACUUAGACUACCUGAACUGGUCAAAAGUACAGUUUUCUUUCAUUUUAGCAAACAGAUAUUAAAAUUAAAACUUAAAAAUAAUUUUAAACUCUUUUAUACUUUUCUACAAAUCAUAGAGGACAAAGUAUAUCAGCAACAGGGUUCAAAUUAUUUCAAGUGUAAUAAAAUGCACACAAUAUUCCCAUUUACACAAAACAUAAUCUGUUUACAACUUUUCAUUUAAUGUAUUACUUCUGACCUUUCCGUAAUUUUGCCGUGGUGCUACUGAGAUAAAAAAUAUACUCCUAGCUCCAUAACAGACUUGAUUUUGUUAAUAAAUAUUUGCAGUUUUUCUGUGAUAAAAAUUUAAUAUUAACUCUUCAACUCAAAAUAUAGGACAUAAAUUGAAGAUGUCAGAACUAUUCAGCUAGACAAGCUAUUUAACCCUCCGUUUUACAAGUAAGAGAGGAAGCACCGGUACACAGGACUGCCAGGAGCAAAAUGACUACACUGAAAAUGAAAAUACCCCAAACCCCCAAAGAACAAGACCAACACCACCUGCAGACUUUUUUUUUUACUUAUAAGCUUUUGAAAAACUAUGAACAAAAAGUCUUUUUUGACUUGGUUAGUGAAGUCCUUAUGCACUAGCGUAUUAUUUUGCCCAAAAUAUUUAUUUAGCUUCAGCAAGCAUGCCAAUCAGAUUGUUCUGUUUUAAAUAAGAUGUUUUUAGUCAAGUACAUUUAAAUUCAAACUAACAAUACCCAAAUAAUUAAAAUAUGACAAGAGAUUUUCAUCAACUAAUUAGUUGUCAAAAUUACCAGAAGCAAAUUGCCAGCAAACCUUUUUUUUUUUUUUUUGGUAAUUGACAUUGUGCUAAUUUUAUUUUCUUUUAAAACCUCCAGCAUCAGCAGGCACGCUGUGUGAACAUGAGCUUUUUUAUCUAAGCCAUUAAAUUGCUGAAACCUUGACUAAUGCGAGUUCUCGACAAACGACACUGACCCUGGCCCAAAAAGUCAUCUUGAGCUUCCCAGCUUAGCCGAGUCUUACAGUAUUCUGUCUGACUCUUUAUACUCUCUUAAACUCUAAAGCCUCUAGAGUCCUUUAACAGGGAUUAUGUUAAUCCAGGCACCUAUGACCCAACACCCCACAUCAUUACCAUACGGCUUGUAUUGAUCAAAUGGCCAGCCUUAGCCUAGGGGGCCACUUCUGCACAAUCAAUUACAGUGCUGAGUUCAUUUUUUUACACUUUAUAUAACAAAAGCUUAAGAAAAGCUCACUUAAGAUUGCUUUAUCAAUGAAGCCCAGACAAGCAUUUAAUGAUAUGGGUUAGAAAUGUCAUUAGAAAAAACAAGACAGUGAUGAGGCACAUGUUAAUGUUGUAACAGUUCAGAGAUCCUGAAGAAUGAGUGGUAUUAGUAAGGCCACGGCGAGGGCAGUUUAAAGGGCACAGGCACUGAUGCCAUGAUGUACUUACAGCAGCUGCUUGUAUUCUGUCUGAUGAAUAGUACACACACACACACACACACACACACACACACACACACACACACACACAAACACACAAACACAGAUACUCAGAUGUUGACAAAAGGUCAGAUGAUAGAAUUGCAUUCCUUUAUAGCACGGCAAAUGUACACCGAGUCCCUCAUAAAGAGCUGAAAAGGUGUUUUUUUUAUUUCUAAUUCACACCAAAUCUCUUUUUUUUUAUUCAUCUGUUUUAUGUAGCUCUACUGACAAUUACUCAUGUAUUAUCAUCUUCAAAUUUGUAGAUUUUGAAUUGUAUAGUGUCCUUAUGCAGAUUACAGGGUGAAACAAUUUAUAACAAUAGAAAAAAAAAUUUCAUUUCAUAUAAUUUGAAUAUAAUUUUUCACAUUUUUACCUUUUUGUCAAACCCAGAAAUCUCUAUUGGGAUCAGCUCAUGACCAUAGAUUUUGGUCGGGCAGAAUCACAUUAAUAACUUUAAACAGUCUUGGUGGAUACAUCAUACUUUAAAAUAGCUCAAUUGUUUAGCCCAAAGUUAGUUUAGCCUGUCAUUAACUGUUCACUCUGCUGCUCAUCCUCUAAUAGUCUGAGCAUUAUUCCGUGUAAUUCUUUACCGUUAGGACUCUAGUAACACUUGUUGGAGUUCUCAUUUGUGACCACUAGGGGCAAUAAUAUCACUAUAGAAGAAGAUUCAACAGCAGCUAGAAAUGUCGCCCUGUAUCUGUCGAAGAACAUGAUUUUAAAUCAUUAAUAUUAAUUAAUAAUUUUAUUGAUAUUAAUUCAUAAUAUUAUUAAUAAGUCAUUCGUAUUUUAGUUUUAUUUAAAAUGUAUGGAGUCCUGAAUGAAAAAUUUGAGGUGGUUAAAAUUUGUUAAACGAUCUAGUCGAGCUCUGCCCGACCUCCCCUACACAUGUGGUGCCACUGAUCGCUUUAUUAUAUAUUGAAAUUGAACAGAGUCGGUGGUUUUUUUUAAUGCCGUUUCUUUCAGACCUCUGUUCGUCUGAUAAUGAAUGACAACAUGGUAAUAUACUGUACACACACGCAGCCCUCGGGCAUCCAUGCUCUAAUAACCCUGCGUCCUCUCCGAAUCUCUACAUGUCAGAUGUGAAUUAUUAAAAUCAAAUUAAAUUUAGCCCUCACAUAACAGUGGGCCUAAUGCAAAUUAAAAAUGGCAACUCAUGCCUGAAGUUUAAUAAGUUUGAGAGAUGAUAUCAUUAGAGUGAGAAAAAAUGGGAUUAAAAAAACAUUGAGUAAAAUGGAGUAAACAUGGGGGGGGGGGGGGUCAUUGUGGAUGAGUGGAUGAGUAUAUUACAGUUACCAUGUUUUGCAGUUUUAAAAAAGGGGCUGCACAGAUUUUGUUCUGCUGCUUAUGCUCUCGAGUGCUCCAAAUCACCAGCAUUUUUCAUUUGUGUUCUCAUUCCACCUGUAUUCAUGUUCAGAUUUGUGUUUUCUCACACCAUAAAGCCCAAUGUGAUGAUUGAGCAUGUUCAGACA